AUGGCACAGCGUGACAUUUGCAACAUUGGUUCCUCUUCAGAUGGUCCUCAAACGUCAUUAGAUAAAAAACAAGAUGAGCGCCAGUCAAAUCGGCAAUGUCUGUCUCAAGUAGUCAUCAAGAGCCAAAUCGAGCGCUCGGAUCGCAUUAGAGCUGUGCUUCAGUUCAAACACAACUUUGACGCGUCUUCUACAAGAGUCGCAGCUCAAAGUGCUGUUUUCCGAGCAAGAAAAGAUAAAGAAAAGGAGAAACAGGCUCAGAUGCAUCAAUUUUAUAUAGAACGAGGCCAAAAUCCUUACGAGGUCACAAGACGCAAUGAAGUACAGCGUCAAGCUCAGAAGGAACGAUCCCUUAUCGAAACGAAUAUUCAGCUUCGAAAAGCCAAUUUAUUAAAACGAAUUGAAGCUGAAAAUAUUCUUCAAAGGCAACGUGAAAAGGCAGAAGCUGAUAAUCAACGCUAUGAACGCAAAUACCAGCGUGAAAUGGGUCGAGCAGCGCAAGAGGAGCGCACUAAAGCGUACUUGCUGUCUCGCACGGGUAAAGAAUCGCUGGAUCCGACCGGGAAAUUAGUAAGAGUAUAUCCGUCUCAAGAGACUGAAUUGAAAGACCACAGCUUUGGACUCGGGCUGAGCGCUAUGCGUAGCCAACACCGACGUGUUAUUGCCAAUUUGCUCGCGAAACCAUAUCAUUCCGAAGCGAAGAUAAAUUCAAUGCUCCUACCACGACAGCAUAAUCAGCUAUCACAACAAAUAAAUGACGAACAUGGAGAGAGCAUAAUGACACCCAGUCAGGAACUGCAUCACGUCAACCGCGUUUCAACUUCGAAUGAUACCAUUAAAUUGCCUCUUAUAACGUCACACUGUCGUCAAGGUGAUUGGAGUGAAGAUCACCAUACAACAGAGCGCAAGCCGACACAUCAAAGUAAAUUGGAAAAGAAAUACUUAGAGGAAUCGCGACAACGACAAAAGGAUUCGAGAUUUGCGCAUCCGCAAGUUGUGUGGGGCAAAUUGUUCACUGGAAAUGCGUUUGUAGCGAAUCCACCGGUCCUUUGGUUUAAAGAUUUCGAUGUUAAGCGAGACCAUUGCCUUUCAUUCACGAUCACAAAUGUCUCUAACACGCUGAAUCAAUUUCGUCUAUUACCAUUGAAUGACGACGUAAACGAGCUGUUUCAUAUUGCAUAUAAAAGACCUGGUCGCAUGUCUGCAGGAAUGAGUUGCGUGUUGAAGAUGACAUUCACGGCUACAGAAUACAGAGAUAUUGAAACGACAUUAUCUAUCGCAUCGCCAACCGGAGUUUUUCAAAUACCUGUGAGAUGUACUUGCAAAAAAGCCGUGCCAGUAUUAACCCACCAUUUGGUGACUUUUCCUGACGUUGUUGCUGGAGAACGUACAACUGUCGCUUUGACACUUCGUAACGAUGGUGCUUUGCCAUUCGAAUAUCAAGUGCGUUGUUUGGAACCUUGGGCGAUCAAAACAGACAAUUUAGAGUGUCAUUCAGAUCUCGUGACUGGAAAUGCAAGCGGUAUUGAUGCUCUGGAUAAGAAAACGGAGGUUGACAUCACUCCCGACGGGUCAAUGGAGACUUUGAAGCAUAUUCGUGUAGACGAGAACGCGCAAGAUGAUAAUGGUGACCAAGUAAGUUCAAAUGAUGUGAAGUGCAAUGAACCAUCUCAACAACCAAAUUCUGAGGCAGUUGCUUGUACACAAUUCGAUGCAAUCGUUUCUGUUCGUGAAGACAAUAAUUGUACCGAUCAGCUUACAAUAGACGAGCAAGAAUUGAUGACUCGCGUCAUCGACUCAUCCUUGUGUACGGCUGAAGAUAUUCUUAAACCAAUUCAAUUCAAAAAGCAGGGCGUUGUUUCACCGUAUUCAACAAAAACGUUAUCGUUUACUUUUGCACCAAUGUCUGCCAUGAAGAUCGACAAUCGUUCUUAUAGCAUCGAUUUUCUAGCUCGCUCAUGCUCAGGAGCGCCAUUGGAGCUGUCAUCCAUUCCGAUAUAUGUGUCAGGUAAUGCCUUGCAAACUCCAAUUUAUGUUGCUCACUCCCGUCUGGACUUUAGAUGUUGCGCGUAUGGGAAACUUUAUCGUCAACAGCUUGUGAUCGGUAAUCGAGGCAAAGUUUCUGAGAAAAUUCGGGUUCAGCUACCAAAACCAUUGUUCAAUUAUGUUGAGUUAAGUCCAGAGAAUGGUUUUGUGCAAGCUUCAGCUGCGUCUCAAGAGGGAACUUUGGCCGUACAAGUGAAAUUUCGACCGCAAAAAAGCAUGUGGACGCAAAUUGAACGCGCUGGAUGGGGGUCUCGCAAGCUUGGAAUGUUAGUCGCGCCAGUGCGAAUUGUUGUGCCUGAUCAAAUUGUUCCUGUUACCGUUUUCAUCAUAGCAAGAUUAACUACACCUUCACUACGACUGAAUGUAUUGAACCAAGGCACCCUUAUGAGAGGGCUUGAGUUCGGGGCAUGUUGUGUUGGACACGGCGUCAGUCGCGAUCUUCUGAUCACAAACACGGCACGAGUUCCUCAGCGGAUUGGAGUGACGUCCGUCCCUAAAGAUGUGACGGUUGCCGACGCUAUUCAAGGAGUUUUGAUAACUUUACUUCCUGAAGAGCAGAGAAUUCUGCGUAUUGUGUACAUCCCGACUUCUCCAGGUGAUCUAGUAAGUGCCGAAACAAGUGUGGAGAUAAAGCCGCAGCUGACGCUCUGGUCCUCGACGUUCAAUGAAGAGUUUAAAGUGCCAUGUUCAGGUUACGGCGUUUUAAGUGAUCUGCGUUUCUCGCAUACAGUUGUCCGUCUCGAUGCCAUAUCGUUGCACCAGGUGCAAACGUGCAAUGUCGUCGUGACGAAUCAAUCCGACUGUCACACGAUGUUUUUUGAAUUGCUUGUCCCUUUUGAAGCUAAAUCCUUUUUCACUCUUUCGCCACUUGUGGCACGGCUGGAUCCGCACGAAACAAUACGUGUGGAGAUCGCAUUUAAACCUACUGAAGCCAUUUUUACACUGCCCGAAAAGUGUUUUUUUGCGCCACAGUCACAAGCAGGUGCAGCAAGUGAUUUACCAGUCGAUGCAGUUAGCAAUUGCUCAGACUUGAGUGCGAUGACUAAACAAAGUGAUCGCUCCAAACACCGAAGUUGCCACCACACGUGGAUAAUUUUAUGCAUUCAAAAACACGACCACGGCUCGGAUAAAAGACUAUCCAAAAAAACUGUCCCACUCCAAGCGCUUGAAGUUCGAACAACCGUUGUGGACCCUAUUUUGACUUCUUCAACGACUGUCCUUCAAUUCGGGCAAGUGGCAGUCGGGCAAACAGUAGUGCGCGAUUUGAUUUUAGAAACGACUCAAAGCGAUAGCGUGCAAUUGCGUGCUCAACCUUUGCAAGUUUUGGGAGCAUUUCGAAUAAUUGAAGCCCCCCGUGAUAUUUCGAACAGUCAAACGACAAGUCAGAUUCAAGUUGAAUUUAGCCCGUCUGAACCUAUCGUGUACGAAGAUGAGCUAGAGGUUUUAGCGCCUGGAGAGAUUAUUCGUGUGAAUCUUCGUGGUACGGGGAUAAAAUCCACUUUAUCCUUCACUCCUUCUGACGGAAAGGUGGAUUUCUCAGAUGUUUUGGCACGCACACGUCACGAAAAGGAUCUAGUUUUGACAAACGAAUGUGCGUUUCCGUUAGAAUUUUCAUUUGUUCCUUUGGAUGAAAAAGACACAGGAAUAGCUAAGCUGAUCACGUCGACGGGAUUACCAGUAUUCACUUUCUCUCCCACGAGCGGUUGUAUCCCCGAACAUGGGUCUUUAUCAGUGCGUGUUGUCUUUCAACCAGAUCGCGAGAAUACUGGUCAUUAUUUUCAAAGAUUCAGCAUUGAAGUUCCCAAUGAUAGUAAACAAUAUCUCAUCAGUCUCUCCGGACGCUGUUGGGAAAAUCAGCUCUAUGUAUUCGCUCCGACAGCAGCAACGAGAGGUGACGAUCUUGAGACGUCACCAUCAGUGAUCCCAGAACCUGUAGAAGAUCUUUUUGGUAUGCCACCAGAUCUUUCAUUAAGUCAGAUUCGGAAUGGUGGACUGUCAGAUCUAUUGACUUUGGAAUUACGCAAGCCACCAACCACUCUCGUCCUCAUUUUUGCGAGAGAUAAACACUUGCAGAGUGGCCGAGGAUCUCUAAUGGCUGAUGCCAUGACAAUCGAUACACAAAUCACAAAUACACUAUUCAUUGGAGGCACUAUGCCAAGUAAUGGAGGGUAUGACGGACAUAAAGAAGGUGUGAAAGGCACUACUAAUGGAUCGGCUGGCUCUUUCGAGCUUAUUGUGGACAAAGAUUCUCCUCACGCCAAAUUGUUUACAUUAGAACCAAUGCGUGGCUCGAUUAGUGCUGGACAGCAGCUAAAAGUUCAAGUGACGUUUAGUCCACCUACAUCUGCGCUUACAUUAAAUACAGCGAUGCCUCACUUUAGUGGCGCUACCUCGGAAACUUGGUCUGAGCUUGAUCUCGCGGAGUGGGUGGAGGUUCGAGUGCAGUGCCAUUUGAGGGGUGGAUCGUUGUGGCGCGCUUCAACGACGACGGGAGAGACCAUGCCACCUGUCGCUGGUAAAGGCCAGUCUAAGGUAAAUAAUGGAAGCUCUGACAAUGUGGAUGUACGGACUGUUUCAGUGGUCUUGCGGGCUUGUUUGGAGACAAUGGACAUGUAA